CCGCCGAGCAUGCCGGCCCGCUGGUUUCGCCUUCCGCUGCUGCAGGCCCGGCAGCCCCAGUCCUCCGCGGGGCGAUCGCUGCGCCCCCGUUCCCUUCCUUCUCCUCCGGCCUCGGUGGGGCUCGCUGCGGGAUGGGCGUGCGCGGUCAGAGCGCGGAAGCUGGGGGUAGCUCCUGGCAGGCGGGCGCGGCGCUCUCCGGGGCGGGGCUCCGGGCCAGCCGGGCUCCACCCAAGCCCAGGCUGCGCGGAGCCCAGCCGGAGGCAGCCACCAGCGGGGCCCCGGAGGCAGCGCACCAGCGGAGCCGCCAUGGGGCUGGAGAAGGAGACGGGAGACACGAAGAUCUUCAUGGCCGAGGACAGCUUCGGGCGCCCCGGCGGCCCCGCGCUAGCCGGCCCGGAGAAGCGGGCGGAGAACAGCCCCGACAGAGACCCGCAUGGGCUGAACACCCACCUGAAGCUAGGGUUUGAGGAUGUCCUAGCAGAGCCUGCAUCAUUUCACUCCUUUGACAAAGUUUGGAUCUGCAGCCACGCUCUCUUUGAGCUCAGCAAAUACGCGCUGUACAAGCUCCUGACUCUAUUCCUUGCUAUCCCACUGGCUCUGGUUGCAGGAAUUGUCUUUGCAGUACUCAGCUGUCUGCACAUCUGGAUUGUGAUGCCUUUUGUAAAGACCUGCCUCAUGGUCUUGCCUUCAGUGCAGACUGUAUGGAAGAGUGUGACGGAUGUUCUUGUUGCACCGUUAUUUCAUAGCCUAGGCCGAUGCUUUGCUACUGUCAAUAUACGCCUGGACCAAGAGUAAACAUCAGGGAUACAAUUCUGGUGUAGUCUUAGAUGGUGGUAUGCUUCUUUGCUAAUGUAACAUAGGUACACUUAUUCAUUCCAAAAAUGUUGGGAUUAAACUAGCUGGUUUAAAAUGGGGAUACAUUAUUUAAAAAAAAAUCAUUUACUUUCAGGGGAUCAAUUUAAGACUAUUUUCAUAUCUAACUAUUUUAAACAGAAAAAAUGUGGGGUAUUUUGGCAACACUUUAUUUUAAUGGUACAUUGAUUGCCAGGUUGCAGAAAAAUUCAUGUGGAGGUAUAUGUGACCACCAAAAUAGUCUCUAAGGUGCCACAAGUACUCCUGUUCUUCUUUUUGCGGAUACAGACUAACACGGCUGUUACUCUGAAACCCACCAAAAUAGGAUCAUAGAAAAUUGCUGUGGCAGGUGGUGUUACUCGGAAUACUAAUGAAGUUAGUAAUGAUGUGAUAUACUGGGCCAAACUCACUUCUAGGGUUUCAGAGAUGGGUCUGGUCCACUAUUCAGCAUAAUACAUGGAAGGGUGUAUGCUCAGUUCUCACUCAUUCAGCUCCCAUUACUGCUUUGUAAAUCUCCCAUAUAUCAAUGGAGAAAAGUUCCCCAAAGUUUACACCUUAAAAUAAAGUGUUAGCUAAUGGUUUGAGACAAUCAGCUAAUCUAUAUAUAUUAUUUAAUGAGAUUUUAAUUUUGCUGUAUAUUUUGUAUUUAUGUAAAUGUUACUUUAUCAGUUUUCCUUGAAGCAUUAUUUCUAAAGGAUUUGUAUACUUGCGGAAUUAUUAUGCUGAAGAAGUUUGACACUGCAGAAGAUUAAAUGAGAUUGAUGAGAUUUUACUGACUAGAUUACGCAGAUCUUUGGAAAUGCUGUUGUGCAAUUCAAAUAUACCAAGUAUAUAUUUUUUUCGUAAUUGAAUGUAAAAGCAGUGCACACAAAUGUUUUCAUACAAGAUUAUGCAAAAGAGUUUGAAAUAUAUGUUUAUGAGAAUUGUUCAUUUUUUUUAAAUUAAAAACAGGCUGUAAUAAACGCAACCUUGCCUAUCUCUGUAUUAUCAGCAACAUUGUGGUAUUUAAAAUAAUAUACACUAUUCUCACACUUUGAUUAAGUGGAAAGCAUUCUCUCAUUUCAAGAAAGUGGACAUAUUUAGUAUGCUUGUCCAGUUCUCUCCACACAUUUAAUUGACUCUGGUAAAUGCUUAUUUAUUACUUUUAAAGUCUAACUAUAAAGGAUAGUUUUCCCUCCUGCACUUAAUACAGCUUUAUAAACCAGAAUAGCGUGUAAACAAAGGUACAUGAAAAUUAUAUUGAUCUUUUGAUGGGGUACAUGCUACUGAUUUAUAUAAAUGCAGAUGAACAGAUUACAACUGUAAAAUGUUUAGAAUAUGGUGCAAUAUGUUUUCCUCUGAAGCAAUGUCAUGCAUUCCUUAUCAUAUAUGAGGUAUGUAAUAAAAUAAUAAAAAAUUAGCUUUUUCUAUUUUUGGUAGCCCAAUUUACUCAGUCAUCUUUUUUUGUCUUGGUUAGAUAGAUGACCAAUAUUUAAAUCAUUUUAAAAAACUUUUCUUUUAAAUGAAUGUAGGAUACUUGUGCAACUUUACACUAACAUAUGGUAGGAAAAAGAUGGUGCAAAUGGACACAGCUCCACUGAUCUUGGUGAUGUUUCACCCAUUUACAAUAGUAGAGAAUUUGUCUCCCUAUGUAAGAUUUAGAACUACUCGUAAGUUCAAACUUAGCAAGUAAGACAGACUAAUUUCUUCUGAAAUCAUGUUAAUAUUCUCUAAAAUAGACUUCCCAUUGAGGUACUUUGGCUACAUGCCAAAUGAUUUUUUGGGGAAGAAAAUAGUACACAAAUUUCAUAGCAUAUGAAACAGAGCUUUAUUUAAUGAGCUGCAAAACAUUCUCAUUCGCCACUCAGUAGUAAAUGAACUAGUAUACAUUAUGUAGUCUUUGUACUUCAAAAAUGCACUUUUUCCAUAGGUAGCAAUUGGAGAUGGACUCAAACCAAAGUUCUAGAACUGCACACUUUCACAUUCAAAUCUGGAUCUUAAUACACAUAGCUGGUCCCUAUUGCGCUAGUCAGAAAUUCCCACCCCCUCCCAAUUAAAAUUUUCAAUUAAAAUAUGUUCUUCAAAAAUGUUCAGAUUUUUUG